UCUCUCUCUAUAGGCUAACAUCAUCGUUAUCGUCAUCGUAACAAAUACUGCGCCUCUUUAAAAACGAACAGAAUAAAUAACAAACAAAACACGAAACUUUAUAAAUCGAAAACCCACACUUCUAACCGAGCAACCAACCGGAGCUGUUCUACAUUUGUAUCUCAUCAGUUAUACUAACUGGAGCCGAAUAUUACUAGAAAGUAGUGGGGGGUGAAAAACAAGAGCUAAGAGAGAGAAGGAAAAAGAGCGGUGGCUGCGGCCUUGAUUCGUGUGCUAACUGCUCAGCGAUUUGUCAGUCCUUGUUUGAAAGAGGGUAUAUAAUAGCGCUAAACCUACCCGACUGUUUACCCCUGUUCUUUCUAGCUUGUGUGCAGGAACUGUCGUCUUGUCCUGGUCGUUUCGUUUGUUGUGUCCUCCUCCUUUGAUUUUCACUUUUUUUCUUUUCCUUGUUCUUUUCUUUACUACUGACCCAGCUAGACACAAACCUUCAAGUCUUGUGGUUUUGAACUUCAGUUGAUAAAAGAAAACAAAAAACUAUCGAACCGUUCUAUAUAUAUAUUAGAAUAUUACGAAAAACAUAAGUAACAAGCAAAAAUGCCUUCAACUCCGGAACAAAUAGCUCGUUAUGAGAAGAUUGAAUCUUUGGUGAAAGGUUUCAAGCUGCCAUCAGCCACAUACCACCAGGUGAUGGCAUUAUGGAAAGAGGAGAUGAAAAAUGGUUUGGGAAAAACUACCCAUGCUACUGCUGAUAUCAAGAUGUUUCCGUCCUACGUCCGUGCAUUGCCAGAGGGUUCAGAGAAGGGCAAAUUUUUAGCUCUUGAUCUUGGUGGAACCAACUUUCGUGUUUUAUUCAUUGAUCUGAAUGGACCCUUGGCAGAUAUUGUCAGCAAAACCUACCUCAUCCCCCAGCAGGUAAUGUUGGGUACAGGUGAACAGCUGUUUGGGCAUGUGGCUAAUUGUGUGGCUAAUUUCAUCCACUUUACUGGACUGGAGACUGAAAGAUCACUUUGUCUUGGAUUCACAUUUUCCUUUCCCCUUGUACAAGAUGGCCUUGCCUCUGCUCGUCUGUCAAAAUGGACAAAAGGUUUCCGUUGCGAGGGUGUAAUUGGUCAAGAUGUUUGUCAGCUUCUUCAACAGGCUUUAGUCAAAGCAACACCAGUGAAAAUUGAAGUUGUGGCUGUAAUCAAUGAUGCUGUAGGAACUUUGAUGUCUGCCGCUCACACUGACCGAAAGUGUGAGAUUGGUUUGAUUCUUGGAACAGGAUGUAAUGCUUGUUAUAUGGAAAAACUUGAAAAUGUGGAAACUGUUUCAUUAGAUGAUGAUGAACCUCAACAGGUGAUCAUCAAUACAGAAUGGGGCGCAUUUGGUGACAACGGUUGUUUGGAUAUUGUCCGUACAGAAUACGACAGAGAGUUGGAUACAUACUCUAUCAACCCAGGAAAACAACUGGUUGAAAAAAUGAUAGGUGGAAUGUACCUUGGUGAAAUUGUACGGCUGACACUAGAAAGAUUGAGCUCUGAAAAACUUAUCUUCCUUGGCAUUGAUCAUGAUUGUGAUUUAUUCAACCGUGGAAAGUUCUACACCAAAUAUCUAUCUGAAAUUGAAAGAGAUAAUGGAGAAUUUUUUGAAAACACAAAACAAAUUCUCGAAGAACUCGGUGUUGAAACAUAUACUUUGGAAGACUGCAAGAUUGUGAAAUAUGUGUGUGCCUUGAUAUCAGCUCGUGCUGCAUUCCUUGCAUCUGCCGGUAUGUAACAU